AAGGACUCCUCGAUCUACAAUUCACCGGAUCAAUAGACAAUGUCCGUCGAACAGACCCGUCAGAAGCGUAGACGCCAUGCCCCUUCUGCCAUUGCUCACCCGACGUCCUCCCUCGUCAAGGCCGAAGCUCAGCGUCCUUCCCGCAUCUUCUCCCCCUUCCGCUCGCUUGGCCACGUCUCGAACCACAUUCCCUUGGACAUUCAAGUCCGCGGUGCUCAGUACCUCGUCACCACCUCCGUCGGCCGCGCCUUCCAGACCUACGAUGCUGCGAAAUUGAACUUGUUGUUCGUCGGUUUGCAGGCCAAGGCCCCGAUCGCGGCGCUGAAGUCGCACGGAAACAUCAUGUUUGCGGCAUCUGGGAACCAGGUCCUCGCAUACAAGCGUGGUAAGCUUAUCUUCACCAUCGAGCCUCCUACUGCGAAUGUCGGUACCAUCACCCACCUCGAGGUUUUCGGAGACUACGUUAUUGCCGCCACGGACGUAAACCACAUCACCACCUACCGUCUCACCCCAACCGCCGAUGCCGCCGAACUCUGGACCCACAUCACCCUUCCCUCCAAGUCUAUCCGUAUCACGGCUCUCGCCCAUCCCCCGACCUACCUCAACAAGAUCUUCGUAGGGUUCAGUAAUGGCAAAUACGCGGUUUGGAACAUUCGUACCGGUCGUCAGGUCUACACUUCGCCCGCUGCGUUCCCUGCUGCGAUCACCUGUGUCUCGCACUCCCCCGUCAUCGAUGUUUUGAGUAUCGGAUGUGCCGAUGGUACUGUUCUGGUUCACAACGUCAAGGCGGACGAGACCUAUCUCACCUUCAAGGCUCAACACCGCAUCACCGCUCUCUCGUUCCGCACCGACGGUCCCCAACAUCUCGCGACCGCGACCUCGAAUGGUGAUAUCUGCAUUUGGGAUCUCAACAAAUCCAAGAUUCUCCACGUCGUGCGAAAUGCACACUCCGCCGCCGUCACCUCCGUGCAGUUCUUGAACGGGCAACCGGUGAUGGUAUCAGCCUCCCCCGACAACUCCCUCAAGGAAUGGAUCUUUGAUUCCCUCGAGUCCGCCGUCCCCCGUGUCCUCCGCCAGCGUUCCGGUCACUCCGCGCCAUCGACCAAGAUCAGGUUCUACGGACCUGCCUCUCACUGGCUGUUGUCCGGUUCGAGGGAUAAGUCCUUGCGUGGAUUUUCAUUGUGGAAUGAUUCGCAGACGACCGAACUCUCUCAAGGUCCCGGAACGGCAAAGUUGGCCGCAUCUCGUGGAGUCACGGUCGAUGAGGUCAAGUUGUCCGAGAUUGUCGCUGUCGCCGCCGCCACGGCCAGAGAAAAGGAUUGGGAUAAUGUCUUGACGGCGCACAAGGACGACAAUGCUGCUCGUACUUGGAACUGGCAGAGUAGGAGGUUGGGGGCAUUCACCCUCCCCACGAGCGACAAAACCGCUAUCAAAUCCGUCGCUGUCAGUGUUUGUGGUAAUUUUGGCAUGGUCGGGUCUUCGGGCGGUGUCGUCGACAUGUACAACCUCCAAUCAGGAAUCUGGAGGCGAAAGUUCGAGGGAGCGUCGAAAGCCGUUACAGGCGUCGUCAGCGACGGCUUGAACAAGCAUGUCAUCACGACCUCUUUGGACGGAAAAGUUAGGUUCUACAAUUUCAAUUCUGGAGUUUUGGUGACGGAGUUGGAUAUGGGCAGCGCGGUAACCAGCACGGAGCUCCACCGUUCAUCCGACCUCCUCGCCCUAGCCUGCGACGACCUUUCGCUCCGUAUCAUCGAUAUCGAAACCCGUAAAGUCGUGCGUGAACUUUGGGGCCACACCAACCGCAUCACCGACAUCGCAUUUACCCCCGACGGCCGCUGGCUGAUCUCCGCAUCCCUCGACUCCACCAUCAGAACUUGGGAUCUACCGACGGGACAUUUGAUUGAUGGAGUUAGAGUCGGGAGUAUCUGUACCAGUUUGGCGUUUAGUCCUACGAGUGAUUUCUUGGCUACGGUACACGUCGACGGAAUCGGGAUCAACCUCUGGACGAAUCGAAGUCAAUUCGUCCCCGUUUCUGCACGUCAUAUGACCGAAUCCGAGAUCACCGCAAUCUCAAUGCCCUCCGUCGGCGGUGAAGGCGGUGCAGGUCUUCUCGACGCCGCGUUUGAAGAGGCGGAGGAGGAAAGUACCGAAGGCGACUUCGAGUCCGCGGAGCAAUUGAGCGAGAAGAUGUUGACGCUCUCGCUCGUUCCUAGGUCGAGGUGGCAAACUCUCCUCAACCUCGAAACGAUCAAAAUGCGCAACAAACCAAAGGAAGCGCCCAAAGUCCCUGAAAAAGCCCCGUUCUUCUUGCCGACCACGAAGGAGUUGUCGAGUGGCGCGUUCGUCGAGGACGCGAAGAAGACCGAGGCUGCAAACACCGCUGACGGCAAGAAGGGACGUAAAGCCCUCGCUGGCGUCGGAGCUGAUUUUGACGCCGAAGGCCCGUUCGCGAGGUUGUUGCGCGAGGGAAACGAGUCCGGCGACUUUUCCGCAUUCAUCGAAUACCUCAAGUCCCUCCCCCCCUCAACAACCGACCUCGAAAUUCGCUCCAUGCAAAUCCGUCCCCCGCUCACGCUCCUCACCCUCUUCAUCCGCGCCCUCACUUCCCGUCUCCGCUCCAAACGCGACUACGAACUCGUUCAAGCGUGGAUGGCGACAUUCUUGAAAAUCCAUGGUGACGUAUUGGUUGCGAAUCGGGAUGAUGUGCCAGAAUUGAGGCAGGCGUUGGAGGCGUGGAGGGGAGAGCAGGAGAGGGAGGGGAGGAGGUUGGGGGAGUUGGUUGGGUAUACUGCUGGUGUUAUCGGGUAUAUUAGGGGACAGUAA